AUGGAGGUGAUGCCUUUUUUCUUUCUAUGGUGUUUCUUAGCAAUACUUGUCGAUGCGACACCAGGAGAAAUACGAAUUGACGAGGAGCAAAAUUAUUGGCAAUAUCAAGACAUCAACCGGACUCUGAAUAACCCUGAUCGAGAUUCUUGGUUGUACUAUCGAACAUAUACAAGGGACGACGCUUGUGUGUAUGUGAAAGUGAGCAAAAAGCAACCGAAUGGAAGUGAUUACGAAUUUGUCCAGGAAUAUAGAUUGGGAACUACAGAAAAUAGCACAAAAACAACGGGGAGAUUUUACGCGACUCCAUAUAAAACAGAGAUGCAUGCCACCGAACGACAAAAUAACAACGCAAUGCGUACAAGCCCAUAUAAAGAUGCCGCAAGUGGAAAAAGAUUCCAGUUGAUUUACACUGACUCUGACAAAUGCGAUAUUCUAAGAGUUCUGGAUGUAGACAACGGGCACGCCUGUGAGCUCUAUCUUCACGAAAACGCAGUUGAGGAUGGUGUCCCUCUGAACUGCAAGACUGUAUAUGGUAAUGCAUGCGGGAAAGGUGAUUCAUCCUACACGCAGCAAGUGUAUCACCCGUGGUGCAAGAAGAACGUUAAGGCCCAAUAG